AUGGGCUCCUCAUGCGUCCUAGAGCUGUCCUUCAUAAUCCUGCAUGUUUGUCCACUCGCAGAUGGUCGGGUGGAUGGAGGACUGACAGGGCUGAACACACUUGUCCUGCCCACAAAGAGCUCUCAUGUCCGGGCUUCAGUCUUCAUCAGCUCCUCCUCCUCCUCUCCAGCCGGCCCCAGUCCACAGCUGUCAGUCACCCUGCUCCCAGCUCCUCCACUUAUCCAGUUUGUCUGUGCUGACUUGGAAAUCAGCUUUUAA